CUUAUGACAUGGGAAGAUUACCAUGCUCUGACAAAAUCUGGAAACCUUUUUUACCUGCUGGGCUUUCCUGUUUUGUGGCAAGGGAAGCCAUAUGUCUUUGAUAGAGUUUUACCUCCUAAUACAACCCAGGAACAAGUUUAUAAUGCCUGUGCCAAGCAGAUUGUUAAAGAUGUUCUUGAAGGCUACAAUGGCACAAUCUUUGCUUAUGGACAGACAUCAUCAGGAAAAACUCAUACUAUGGAGGGGAAGCUGCAUGACCCUCAGCUAAUGGGAAUCAUUCCAAGAAUUGCACAUGACAUCUUUGAUCACAUCUAUUCCAUGGAUGAAAACCUGGAGUUUCACAUAAAGGUUUCCUACUUUGAGAUUUACUUGGACAAAAUAAGGGACCUACUUGAUGUGUCCAAAACAAACCUUGCGGUACAUGAGGAUAAAAACAGAGUUCCGUAUGUUAAGGGAUGUACAGAAAGAUUUGUAUCUAGUCCUGAAGAAGUUUUGGAUGUCAUUGAUGAAGGGAAAGCUAACCGUCAUGUAGCUGUUACAAAUAUGAAUGAACACAGCUCAAGAAGCCACAGUAUCUUCCUCAUUAAUAUUAAACAAGAGAAUGUGGAAACGGAGAAGAAACUCAGUGGAAAGCUUUACCUGGUAGACUUAGCUGGAAGUGAGAAGGUCAGCAAAACUGGAGCAGAGGGUGCUGUUCUUGAUGAAGCUAAAAAUAUCAAUAAGUCUUUGUCUGCAUUAGGCAAUGUGAUAUCUGCCUUGGCGGAAGGAACUAAAACCCAUGUUCCAUACCGAGACAGCAAAAUGACCCGAAUACUUCAGGAUUCCCUUGGUGGAAACUGCAGAACCACCAUUGUUAUAUGCUGUUCUCCAUCUAUUUUCAAUGAAGCGGAAACAAAGUCUACUCUAAUGUUUGGACAGCGAGCUAAGACUAUUAAGAACACAGUCUCUGUGAAUCUGGAGCUGACAGCAGAAGAAUGGAAGAAAAAGUAUGAGAAAGAAAAAGACAAAAACAAGAGUCUAAAGAAUGUUAUUCAGCAUCUAGAGUUGGAACUGAACAGGUGGAGAAAUGGAGAAGCUGUGCCUGAAGAUGAACAGAUCAGUGCGAAGGAUCAGAAGAACCUGGAGCCCUGUGAUAACACCCCAAUUAUUGACAACAUCACACCAGUUGUUGCCAGCAUCUCAGCAGAGGAGAAACAGAAAUAUGAUGAAGAGAUUGCCAGUCUCUACAGACAGCUGGAUGAUAAGGAUGAUGAAAUCAACCAGCAGAGCCAGUUGGCUGAAAAACUGAAACAACAAAUGCUGGAUCAAGAAGAGCUUUUGGCCUCCACUAGGAGAGAUUAUGAGAAGAUUCAAGAGGAGCUGACCCGUCUUCAGAUUGAGAAUGAAGCUGCGAAAGAUGAGGUGAAGGAGGUCCUUCAAGCCCUCGAAGAAUUAGCUGUCAAUUAUGACCAGAAAUCCCAAGAAGUGGAGGACAAGACAAGAGCCAACGAGCAGCUGGCUGAUGAGCUGGCACAGAAGAGUACUACUCUGACAGCUACCCAAAGGGAGCUGGGCCAGUUGCAGGAACUCAGUAACCAUCAGAAGAAAAGAGCUACAGAGAUUUUAAACUUGCUGCUUAAAGACCUGGGAGAGAUUGGAGGAAUCAUUGGUACUAAUGAUGUUAAAACAUUAGCAGAUGUGAACGGAGUGAUUGAAGAGGAGUUCACCAUGGCACGGCUUUACAUCAGUAAGAUGAAAUCUGAGGUAAAAUCUCUUGUGAACCGCAGCAAGCAAUUGGAGAGUGCCCAGAUAGACUCCAACAGGAAGAUGAACGCCAGCGAGAGGGAGCUAGCAGCUUGCCAGCUCCUCAUCUCACAACAUGAAGCAAAGAUCAAGUCCCUUACAGACUAUAUGCAAAAUAUGGAGCAGAAGAGAAGGCAGCUGGAAGAAUCACAGGACUCUCUUAAUGAAGAACUUGCCAAGUUACGUGCUCAAGAAAAAAUGCAUGAAGUCAGCUUCAAGGAUAAGGAAAAAGAACAUCUGACCCGGCUUCAGGAUGCAGAGGAAAUGAAGAAGGCACUGGAGCAGCAGAUGGAAAGUCACAGGGAAGCCCAUCAGAAGCAGCUGUCCAGACUGAGAGAUGAAAUUGAAGAGAAGCAGAAAAUAAUUGAUGAAAUCAGAAAUAUGAACCAGAAGCUGCAACUGGAACAAGAGAAACUGACUGCUGAUUAUGAUAAAUUAAAAAUUGAGGACCAGGAAAGAGAGAUGAAAUUGGAAAAGCUCAUAUUGCUGAAUGAUAAAAGGGAACAAGCAAGAGAAGAUCUGAAGGGGCUAAAGGAAACUGUGGCAAGAGAACUUCAGACCCUCCACAACCUACGCAAACUGUUUGUUCAAGACCUCACCACUCGAGUUAAAAAAAGUGUUGAACUGGACAGUGACGAUGGAGGUGGAAGUGCUGCGCAGAAGCAGAAAAUCUCCUUUCUUGAGAACAACCUGGAACAGCUUACAAAAGUUCACAAACAGUUGGUACGUGAUAAUGCAGAUCUUCGUUGUGAGCUUCCUAAGCUGGAAAAACGACUUAGAGCUACGGCAGAGAGAGUUAAGGCCCUGGAGAGUGCACUGAAGGAGGCCAAGGAGAACGCCAUGCGAGAUCGCAAACGGUACCAGCAGGAGGUAGAUCGCAUUAAGGAGGCUGUAAGAGCCAAAAACAUGGCCCGGAGAGCACACUCCGCUCAAAUUGCCAAGCCCAUCCGCCCUGGUCAUUACCCAGCGUCUUCUCCAACGGCUGUUCAUGCCAUCCGAGGGGGAGGGAUGUCAAACUCCAGCUACUAUCACACCACCAAAUAAA